GUUAAAUAGUUUUGUGCAGCUGUUCCUGAAUUUAAUACAUGAAAAAAUAGAAAGAGUUCUCACAUAAAGAUCAUCACGUCUUGUUUACAGCAUUCUGAUAAUCCUGUCAUAAUGAACAGCAUGAUUAAAUGAUGUUUUUGUAUGCAGCACGUCUUGCUUCAUUUGCUCAGCAUCCCCUAGUAAUGGUGUUCAACUAAUUACAGUAUGAAGAGUGCACAUGCAAACACACACACUCACCAUGCCAACACACUGUCUGGGCCAAAUGUCUUGUCCUGGCUUACAUCUCAUUGGCCACUUGUUGCGAUGGGCAGGCUAUCAAGCCCAUAAUCCUACUUUAGUGUAAUCCCCGUGCAAUGUUUCCAACUGUAGGUUAGCUGCCUUGUCAGAAAGACUGGCAAAAACCUGGACUGGGAUUAAACCAAUAACCCACCAGCUAAUACCAUGAAGAAAUAUGAGUCUUUUGAGAGUGGAACAGUAGCCCUGCGAUCUGGCAACCUCAGUGUUCUGAAGAAGCGCUGGGAGCAAGGAGGAACCGGUGAUCAGGACAAGCCUUCUUCGGUUCCACCACCACACCAGCCCAUCUCACGCCACAGGCCUCGUACCUUGAACAGGCCUCCUUCCGUUACUGAGCCUCCGGUAAAGAGUCCUGGCCCACUGACAGAUCAGGGAGGUCAACACACAGCCAAUAGUGUUCAGCAGGCCUCAGCAGCUCCAGAGAUUGAAGACCAGAGAAGGAUGGAGAAGGAAGAGAUGACGAAUGAAAAGCUUGACCAGCACGUUCCAACCAGCCCGCGUGCCUCUUAUGAAAAGCCCAGAGUGCCUUUGAACAACCUAAAGAUGAAGUUUGAGAAAGGAGAAGAGCCCACGGAAAAGGGUGGCAGAGCAGCACUUCGCAGUACUUCAUCAGAUGACGUGGAGCAGCCAAGCAGUCGCUCUGUGCUGAGGCGAUCAUCAUCUCUGAAGGAAAAGAUGGCCAAGUACCAGUUUGCUGUUGCUAAACAAGAACAGACGCAUUCUGUUUCGGCCCCACAGUCAUCUGCUCCAAAAGCAUCUGCAUCUGAAAAUGAGAAAGUCACGCCUGUGCCUGAAUGCAAUGGGGACAGCACGGAGCAACCAAAAUCACCGCGGAAGUUUCGCCCACCAGAGAGGGAGACGUGCAUCGCUUGUACGAAGCAAGUGUAUCCACUGGAGAGACUUGUGGCCCAUCAGCAUGUCUACCACAAAAGCUGCUUCCGCUGUAUUCAUUGCAGCACAAAGCUUAGUCUUGCAAAUUAUGCUUCUCUGCAUGGAAACAUCUACUGCAAGGCCCAUUUCAACCAGCUCUUCAAAGCCAAAGGCAACUAUGAUGAAGGCUUUGGUCAUCGGCCUCAUAAGGAGAUUUGGGAGCCGCGAGUUGACGGAGAUGAAGAUGUUGAAGCGGUGAAGCAAAAAGAAGAAGUGAAAACUGCAACAGUGAAUAGUCCAGCUGAGAGUGCCUCAGACAUGCAGCCAGUCCCAGAUGGGGAAACGUCUCCACAGGUUAAGGUUACAGAUCUGACCGCCUUACUGGAAAAGCAGAGUCGCAAGCAGACAAAUGUGAGCUCUGAUGAGAAAGCUCAGUCCGAAAAGCCAGCUGAGAAACGCAAGCUGAAGAUCGACUGGCCUCCCCGGACGGGUGAGCGGCACACCGGGACAGAAUCCCUUAGUCCAGUCACAGAGGACAUUGGUUCAAGCCGACCCUGGAGAGCUAAGUGGCCUCCAGAUGAUGAAGCGCCUUCAACUUUCCAGAGCUCAGAGCGCGCUGAAUUGAAGAGCCUGAGGAGGAGCACUUCUCUUAAGGAGCGGAUUCGGCCUUUUACAAUAGCAGCCAAACCCAAGUCCACAAACCCCACAGGUCCUCGUGAGCCUCGUCGCCAUCUCAAAUCUCUGCAGGAAUGGAGAGCAUCUUUUGAGGAAAAAACAUCUUCUGAAGAAUCAACCAAGGAAAAUAAUCCAGAAGUCCAGCAGGAAAAGAAAGAGAAGAAGAUGUCUCAGAUGCAAAGUGAAGAUAAAGAGACCAUCUCUGAGGGGGAUGUGGCGAGUCAGGUUGAGAAAAAGAAAGAAAGAGAUGAAGGAGUAAAAAGAAAUACAAAAGGAGACAAGGCGGCUGGGGAUGAGGGCUCUUUGAGAAGCUCGUCUCCUGAGAUGCCAAUCAACCUUUCUUCACCAUCAAAGCCAAACCAGAACCGCACAUCCCAGGAUGUGGGCUUCUGGGAAGAGGACAAAGAAGGAAGUGAUGCAGAGGAUCUGAGUGCAGAGGAUAUAAUCAAGAAGAACCGCUGUUAUGAAGAGGAGGAGGACACUGAGUCAUAGAGUACCUUACAAUUUUACUGUCACUUCCUUACACCUUAAAACCCCUUUUCAUAUUCUCAGUUUAUACGUAGAUUAUAAUUUUAGCUUUGCCAGAUUUUAUAGUGAUGCAAAAGUGUGUAAUAAAGUAUGCACAUUCAUGCAUAUUUAUAUAUUGAAUACUGCCUUAUGUUAACAGUUAAUAACUUAAAAAUGCAAAAUUUUGUUUCGCAUACUUAUUUUCAUUAUAUAGUUUAAACAUAUCUGAUGUAUCUUGUUUAUGACUGAUGAUAAUACUGGAAGGCUGGCCUCUGUUAAAUUGAAUCAUUGACUGUGGUCAUUAUGUGCAGCGUGAGCAGCAUAUUAUGUGCAGGAGGUGUAUCCACAAUCUAUUAUAAUUUAUGUGGCACUUAAUAGUACUCUUUAACUACAGGGAGUACCAGACUGCAUGCAGCCAAACAGUCAUAACGUGCAAGAAACAGUCUAAAUAUCUGCACUGCUAAGAUGUCAGAAAGCACAGAUAUUACAGUUUAGGUUUUACACUUUGAUUUAAUUUCAAUAGUAAAUUAAAGAGAAAAAAUUAAACAGAAGCUGAACAAUCAUGUGCUUGAUAAGAUUUUAGCUUAUCUCCAUACAACAACAAAAGCCUUGUCUUCUCUCAGGGAUGAAAAUACUGUCCAUUAGUGUCAGUACUCCCUAAUAGCCGUCCCUUUGUUAUGUAAUUACUCUGAUUUUUUUCCUCUCUGCAAGCGUCAGGCAUAUUGAAAUCACUUAAUUUUCCCAAUCAAUCAAUCAAUCAAUCAAGUGUCCUAUGCCAGCUGGAGCCUAUCUCAGCUAUCAUAGGGCGAGAGGCGGGGUACACCUGGACAGGUCGCCAGCCUGACGCAGGGCUCCACAUCUAACUAUGAUUACAUUUUGUUUUUUUGUUUUUUUAAUGUAGCGUGCAUCUGAACAUUCAACUAUCACAAGGCCAGCUGCUUUUACUUGGUUAAAGUAACUAGAUAUUUAGGUAUACAGACAAACAAGCGAGUGAAGUCCAACACCAUGCUGCUGGGGGAUUUUUGCUUUGAUAGAAGUACAAUUAGAGCUACAGUGGCGUAUCAGAAAAGGCUUCCCUUAGUCUCAAUCAUAGCUGAAAAAGCUUCGAUAUGUUAUUUAUUUAGAGCUUUUUGAUUGUGAUGUUACAUAUUAGAAUAUUUUUAUUAUUAAUCACCAUUGCCACAGUACAGAACUUUUUCUGGUAGGAAACUUUUCAGUUGCAUACCCUUGGGGCCUUCAGAUUUUUUUGUUUCAUCCUUCUCAAAUGUAAUCCAGUUUAUACUGUAUGUUCACACUUUGUAUUUUAUAUUGGUGGGAUGUAUGUUUUUAAUAAAUUGAACAAUAAA